AUGACAAAAGCUAUACCAAAAAUAGGUUCACGUAAGAAAGUGCGUAUUGGUUUGCGUAGGAAUGCCCGUUUUAGUUUACGGAAGAGUGCACGUAGAAUAACAAAAGGCGUUAUUCAUGUUCAAGCCAGUUUCAACAAUACCAUUAUAACCGUUACAGACCCACAGGGUCGGGUGGUUUUCUGGUCCUCCGCAGGUACUUGUGGAUUCAAAAGCUCAAGAAAAGCAUCACCCUACGCUGGUCAAAGAACAGCAGUAGAUGCUAUUCGUACAGUGGGUUUGCAACGAGCAGAAGUUAUGGUAAAAGGUGCUGGUAGCGGAAGAGAUGCCGCAUUACGAGCCAUUGCUAAAAGUGGUGUACGGUUAAGUUGUAUACGCGAUGUAACACCUAUGCCCCAUAAUGGAUGUCGACCUCCUAAAAAAAGACGUCUGUAA